AUGACGGAGUUAGAAAAUGGAAUACUCUCGAAAUUCAUAUACAUUGCAAUUGUUGUUUCAGCAUAUUGGAUAAUUUCUAUAUUAACAGUAUUUAUAAAUAAAGCUCUUUUAUCCAGUGAUAGUAUAAAUCUGGAUGCACCUCUUUUUGUAACAUGGUGCCAAUGUAUAGUAAGCUUAAUUAUUUGUGUAACUCUUAGUAAUCUAUCCAGAAGGUUCCCAAGCUAUAUUAAGUUUCCUGAGGGUAAUCCAUAUUGUAAGGAAACUCUUAGGAAGGUAUUACCUCUGUCCCUUUUAUUCACUGGGAUGAUUGCAACUAACAAUUUAUGUUUAAAAUACGUUGAUGUUGCAUUUUAUUAUAUAGGACGUUCAUUAACAACUGUAUUUAAUGUUGUUUUCACCUACCUUAUACUUGGUCAAAAGACUUCUACAAAGUGUAUUGCAUGUUGUGGAUUUAUUGUCAUUGGUUUCUGGCUAGGUGUAGACCAAGAACAUAUUGCAGGUUCUUUAUCUGUCUUAGGAACAAUCUUUGGUGUACUUGGAUCCUUAACACUUUGUUUAUAUUCCAUCCAUAUGAAACAAGUGCUUCCUAAAUUAAAUCAAGACAUUUGGCUACUUUCUUACUAUAAUAAUGCGUAUAGUGUUAUUAUAUUUCUUCCAUUAAUGGUAGCUAAUGGUGAACACAUUACAGUAUAUAAUUAUGAUAAAAUUGGAUCCUUAUUUUUUUGGUCUGCUAUGAUUGUUGGUGGUCUUUGUGGGUUUGCUAUUGGCUAUGUUACUGCACUUCAAAUAAAAGUGACAUCCCCAUUAACACACAACAUUAGUGGAACUGCUAAAGCCUGUGCACAAACAGUAUUGGCAACUUACUGGUUCAAUGCAGAAAAGUCGUUUAUGUGGUGGACAAGUAAUGCCAUUGUACUUGGAGCUAGUGCAAUGUAUGCUAGAAUAAGACAACUUGAUUUGAGUAAAGAGUACAGAGAAGAAAGGGAACAGUUGAAACUGUAA